AUGAAGUUAUGGGAUGUUCUAGCUACGUGUUUGUUGCUUCUGAGCUCCGUAUCCGCUCGCCCUCUCUUCAACAAGCUGCAGCCUUCCAUGAGAGCUCCUCAAGACGAGCGUCGUAGUGAGCUGCUCGUCCUGGACCCAGUCAUAAACUCCCGUCUCGAAACAGCCAGCCUGAAACAAGCCUCCAUGGAAGAACAAUAUGACCUCAAUGGACUGCACCCAGACCAGUUUGAUGAUGUAAUGGACUUCAUUGCAGCAACCAUUGGCAGACUGCGGCGAUCUCCUGAGAUAGACUCUGAGGGCAGAGGAAAAGAAAAAGGGAAGCACAGAGGAGCAACAAACACAGAGAGAGGAAUGAGAGGACGAGGAGAAAAGAAGCGAGGUCGAGGACGAGGUGGAGGCAGAGGGCUUAAAGGGAAUCGGGAUGAACUGAUCAAAGGUCAAGGACGCGGGUGCCUUCUUAAAGAGAUCCACCUCAACGUGACGGACCUGGGGUUAGGAUACCAGACCAAAGAAGAGUUAAUAUUUAGGUACUGCAGUGGUCCAUGUUACGAUUCAGAGACCAACUAUGACAAAAUCCUGAACAACCUCACCCAAAACAAGAAGCUAGACAAAGAGUCACCUUCUCAGACCUGCUGUCGACCGAUAGCAUUUGACGACGACCUCUCAUUCUUGGAUGACAGUUUGGAGUACCACACUCUCAAGAAGCAUUCCGCCAAGAAGUGCGCCUGCGUCUGAUUUGUGCACAUGGACAAGCGAAAAGACACUUGGACAAAAUACAGAAGUCUCGCACUCCGGAGACAAAUGCUGCUUCUGGGAGGAAAAGUGCAGGUCUCGAGUCAUUGUUUAUCCUGCACAGAGAUGUAUGUCAGAAUUGAAGGAGUAAGAUUUGAUUUAAAACGUUUCAGGAAAAGCAGCAACAGCAACACUAGCGACACCUCAGUAUUCACUGUUACAAAACCAUGUCAGAGUAUUCUAAGCAGGGAUUGAAAUGUAAAUGCUGUCUAAGAGGCAACAAUAACAUACUCUAUCAGCAAGUCACAGAAAAAUCGCAACCCGACAGUCGGGAUAUAAACAAACUAUUACUUCAGCUGUGUGGAACUGCUAGAGAUGGGGCAAGAGGUGUCUGCAAGAAGGUAGGCUGUGGACAGCACAGAAUUUGGAGCUUUUCUGAAUCCCUUCUAAAGAAAUAGCUGAAUAUGCCUAUGUGGACAAGGCAGAGCAUCUAUCCAGGCUUAACCCACAGCAGCCAGAACAGACUCAAUACGAAAAUGUUUAAUAUUCAGAAAAUUCUCCCUCUCUCUCUCUCUUUCUCUCUCUCUCUCUCUCUAUAUAUAUAUAUAGUCUAUAUGAAAAAUGUAUUUAUUGAAAUUUAAUUAACUUAUUGUUAUUUAUUGCAAUUAAUUGUAUUAGAGUGUUUUUCCUUAUUUAUUUGUGAAGCUACAUCCACACACCCCCGACCCCCCACCCCACCUUGGAUGGUGCCAAAGUGGAGCAUGGGUUUUUAAGAAAAAGCAGAUGAUGUGAUAAUCACAUAUUCUCACAGAUUAUCUGGGCUGGAAAACAAUAAUUUACUCAUUUUAGGACAUCGGUGUCUAUAGCCAAUUUUUGGUUUAAAGAAAACGUACGGUCUAACCAUUAAAAAAAUAAUAAAAAUGCAAAUAAUUUAAAGGAUCAAUUAUGCUUUAAAACAAGCACAGAAAAGCUGACAUCUUAGUUUGUAACACAGACACAUCCAACACCUCACUAUAUCUGGCACAACUGGAAAAAAGUUGUCUAAAUUAGAAAGAAAAAAAUGCUAGGUCUGUGGUAGACCAGUAUCAUGUUUACUCAAUCAGAGCAGUUUGGGGGGGGGGGGAGAGAGAGAAACGUUAACAUCAGUGCUCCAAAUGCUCCCUCAACCAAUUAACUGUUUGCUAGAGAAAAUGCAGUUCUUGCCCAGUGUUUAUUUUCAACCAUAAUAAAGUCACUACAGCAAAGGUUUCUAGCACAACUGGGCUGUGCCCCAUGGAGACGCAUCAUCAUAAAUAAAAAACAUCCUUCCUAGUUGAAAGCUGAAAUCCACAUCCCAUUAAACAGACAGGUGAUAAUGUGGCAUAGGUCCUUGAGGUUCCUCACAAACUCUUCCAGUAGGUUCUGUGCUCUAAAAAAAAAGUUCAAACGAUUCAACGAUUUGAAUCUGACUUCUCCGUAGUGUUUCAAACCAACUUUCUGUCUCAGGUAAACAUUAACAAACCUCAUUUAAAAGAACUUUUAUCCACACAGCAUCCCACCACAUGCCCCGAAAAGCAGGACAGGCGUAAUACAAAAUCCAGACCCCAAACCUAGACACAAACACUGAAACAGGGCUUUCGUGAAGAGUCACACACACUAACAGAAACAGCUAGUGAUGUGUACGUCAUGGGAUGAGAGGACUGAUUUUGGUCUCGAUACCGUAGCUCACUGCCACAUGGAAAGAUCCUACGGGAACGGCACAAUAUUUCCAGAGCAAUAAUUACAGAGCGAAACCAGGUCUCGUGCAAACAACUAACACAAAGCUCAAAAAAUCCAAGCAAUUCAGAUGUUCUUCUCAACAUGUAAUCCAAACAUAAUCUCCUCAAAUCAUAAUCUGCUCAAUCUUGAUUAGCUAAAUAUGAGGGAAAUGAUACGGUAUGUUUAACAGCUCAGCCCCGUGGCUCCAUCCUCACACACACACACACACACACACACACACACACACACACCUGUGUCCAUGUCGUGUCCUGUGAUCCUCUGUUGUGGUGUACGAUGCUUUGUUCAACUGUUAAAUGUCCUAUCGUGGUGACAAAAGUUUGUGGAAGCUUUUAACAAACUCUGCAAAAAAAAAAAAAAGUACACAUGCAAAUUACUGUUUAAAAAAUGUGGUGAAAACAAUUUGCAGAAGAUUAUAAGGGGAAAGUUGACUGUAAAAAUUCCACCCUGCAUUGUGAGACCAGAAAAAAAAAGAAAAAAAGAAAAAACAGCUUGUCUUACUUGUUUUGUGUUACUAAACCAAAGCUCUCUACAGACUUUAUUUUUGUACAAUAUUCAUUUUAUAACUUUUUACAGAAUAAAACUUGUUUCUAUCA